AUGUCGCCCAUGUACCUGGAAGACAAGCUUAACAUUGAUCGGGUCGCCGUCAUCGGCGCCGGGCCGUGCGGUCUGGCUGCUGCAAAGUACCUGCUAGCGGAGAAGAAGUUCUCCAAGGUCCAAAUAUUUGAGCAGAGAGAUACUGUUGGCGGCGUCUGGAUAUACAGCCCCUUGAACGUCACUGAUGGCGACUUCAGCAUUCCCAGAACACAGCCAACCAAGAACCCGGAUACGGCCAUCGCAGUCGAGGGACACGAUGCCAAGCAAUUCGUCUCUCCCGUGUACGAUUACUUGGAGACAAACAUCCCCCACACCCUCAUGAACUAUUCAGAUAAAAAGUUCCCCUCGGACGCCUCGCUUUUCCCUCCCCAUCAAAUAGUGAAGAAGUAUCUGGAAGACUAUGCCGAUGAGCUGAAACCCAUCAUCUCUCUGUCGACGCAAAUCAUCUCAGUCAGAAAGUCCUCGAGCGGCAGUGAGGUCUAUUGGGAGAUUGAGAGCCUGGACCUUCAGACACAUGAGACGAGCAAAGCGCAGUUCGACGCUGUCUUCGUAGCGAGCGGACACUACAACGACCCUUUUAUCCCAGACAUCCCUGGCCUCGCCGAGUUCGAUGAGGCACACCCAGGCUCCAUCUCACACUCAAAGUUUUACAGAAAUGCCGCACAGUACGAGGGAAAAAAAGUCGUCAUCGUCGGCAACUCGGCCUCGGGCAUCGACCUAAGCGCUCAAAUCUCAACAGUCUGCGCCCUCCCCAUCAUCAUCUCCGAAAAGACCGUCCCCAACACCCCCGCAGAAGACCGUUCGUCCUGGGCAAGGCCCGUCCCCGAGAUACUCGAAUUCAUUCCUGAGAACAGGCAAGUCCGCUUCGCCAACGGCGAGACCGAAUCGGGUAUCGAUGGCGUCGUCUUCUGUACGGGCUAUUUCUACAGCUUCCCCUUCCUCCGCGAUCUCUCCCCUCCCGUGGUCACGGACGGUGCCUACGCGCGGAACUUGUACGAGCAUCUCCUCUACAUUGACGACCCGACGCUCGCGUUCGCAGGUAUCCCGCAGCGCAUCGUGCCGUUCCCUGUAUCGGAGGGUCAGGCGGCGUACGUUGCGCGCGCGUGGGCGGAUCGUCUGCGGCUACCGACUCGCGGCGAGAUGAGGGAGUGGGAGGUAAAGAUGCUGAAGGAAAAGGGGGAGAGUAAGAUGUUGCAUAACUUGGCGUUUCCCAAGGAUCUAGAGUACAUCAACAUGCUCCACACGCGGAGCCUGGAGGCGGAGAAGAAGGAGGGUCUUGAGAAUGAUGGAGUGGGAAAGAUCCCGCCGUACUGGGAUGAUGAGAAGCGAUGGACGAGGGAGCGGUUUCCUUUGAUCAAGAUUGCGUCGAGGAAGUUAGGGGAGAGGAGGCACGAGGUCACGACGUUGGAGGAGCUUGGGUUUGACUACAAGGCUUGGAAAGCUGGGCUCGAUGAGGAGGGAAAGUUGUUGUGA